AUGUUCAAGUCUCACCUUGUCGACUUACGUCUUGACCGUCGACGAGUGGAUCGUGAUAUCUCGACUUAUGUCUCGAAGCGUUUGGAAGACUCCCAUUUGGGCCUUCCUCAAAAUGACAUUGAGACUAUCAGGGAGGCAGUUUGCGAGAGAGGAAAUGGCCUCUUCCUAUAUGCAAGACUCAUGCUUGAUGAGUUGCUGCGGAGCCCUGACGACCUCAAAUCGCGUGUGCAUAACCUUCCUCACGGAUUAGGCGACAUGUAUAGCGACAUCCUACGCGAACAUGCUGCACGCUCCGGAAUAUCGAGCGAUUUACAGAAACUGAUUCUGGAAAUGGAUUAG